AUUGAGCGAAAACACCUAAAGCUCCACGGGGCUCCGGCGGGGGAUGGUGGCGAACCCUGCUGUACUCUUUCACCACAACUUUCUCUCACUCUUACUUCCUGUUUCUGUUGUGCCUGUAUUUCAAAGGGUCAGCCUUGUCACACUGUGUCACACUGUGUCACGCUGAAUAUCCCCGAGAACUACGUUAAGGGUACACGUGUCUGUGGAGUGCUAAGUCACUUGCACGUUAAUUUCACGAGCAGGCUGUUCCGUUGAUCGGAUCGACUGGAACCCUCGACGUCGUAAGCAACAGUGCCAACAACCAUUCACACCUGUUACAGCUAAGACAUGUAUCCAUGGUAUCAGACCUUAUCUGAUGGCUGAUGCAAACAGUUACACCUCUCCAACUAAUCUGCGCAGAGGAGGAAACCGAGGUUCCUGGAGGGGACGAGGCUCUUGGAGUGGCAGAUGGAGAGGUGGUAGAGGCGGCGGCACUUAUUUUAAUCACUAUGGUAACAAAGGAAACUAUGGAAAUAGAAAUUUUUCUAACAACUCUUCACAAAGUCAUCGCUCACAACCAAUACUAGUUCAGAACAAAUUAGCAUUUGCAUCACCCUAUAAAGGAUGGAUUUUGUAUUUUCCAGAAGAAGCUUACACAGCAGAAUCACCUACUGUGGAAAAAUUAAAAGUUUUUGAGGAAUAUUUUUCAAAAUAUGAACAACUUUAUAACUUGUAUGAUAUUGAAACCCAGAGACAUUUCUAUGUCAGCUUUGCCGAAAUGGCUUCAGAUAACAUAAUCACAACAAGAUUUCCUGAUUUUCCAAAAGAACUACGAGAUUCUCCUGAAAAGAUUAUCAAAUGUUUGGGUUUAGCAAUGCAUCAGUUGAUUCUAACCAAACGGAAGGAGGAGCACGAUUCUUCUGAAACUGAUAGCUAUCUGCCAAUGAUUUAUGCUAGAAUUAAAGAAUGUGAUAACAUUGUACAAUUGAAAAAUAUCAAGGCUAACUACUAUGGUAAAUUUGUGACAGUCAAAGGAACUGUUGUCAGGGUAGGAAAUGUGAAACCCCUUUGCAUUAAAAUGGAAUUUGAGUGUAACAGCUGUUCAAAUCUAGAGAUUAUUUUGUUGCCUGAUGGUAAAUAUGUCACACCCCAGAAGUGCACUUCAUCAGGAUGUCGUAGUCGAGUGUUCCAUCCAAAACAGAGCUCUCCAAAGACGGAAUCAAUAGACUGGCAAACAAUAAGACUCCAAGAAGUUAUGGGAGAUCAGAAUGAAACUGGUCGAAUUCCUCGAACAAUUGAGUGUGAUCUGACUAAUGAUCUUGUGGAUAGCUGUGUUCCUGGAGAUACGGUUUCAAUAGCUGGUAUUGUCAAAGUGAACACUUCUAACGAAGGUCAUUCAAGAAAUAAAGACAAGUGUUUGUUCCUUCUCUACAUCCAAGCUAAUUCUGUAACAAAUCCUAAAGGUAAAACCACUGGCGAAUCAGCAGGUUUGGCCAUGGAUUUUACUAUGAAAGAAUUAUAUGCCAUCCAGGAAAUACACAGUGAGAAACAUCUUUUCAGGCUUUUAGUUGGAUCCCUGUGUUCCAGUAUAUGUGGACAUGAGAUGGUCAAAGCAGGUUUGGUUCUUGGUCUAUUUGGAGGAACACAACGUUUUGCAAAUGACAAGGAUUGUGUUGCCAUCCGUGGAGAUCCGCAUAUUUUGAUGGUCGGAGAUCCAGGUUUGGGGAAAAGUCAGAUGCUGCAAGCUGUGAGUAACGUAGCCCCACGAAGUGUAUAUGUCUGUGGAAAUUCAACCACUGUGUCAGGUUUAACUGUAACUCUCUGCAAAGAAACGGGUUCAAACGACCAUGCAUUAGAAGCUGGAGCCCUUGUUCUUGCUGAUCAAGGAUGUUGCUGUAUUGAUGAAUUUGACAAAAUGAAGCAUCAGCACCAAGCUCUGUUGGAAGCUAUGGAACAACAGAGUAUUAGUAUUGCAAAAGCAGGUAUUGUUUGCAGCUUGCCUGCCAGAGCUUCCAUAAUUGCAGCUGCUAAUCCUAUCGGAGGACAUUACUCAAAAGCUAGGACAGUCUCAGAGAAUCUCAAGAUGGGAAAUGCAUUGCUGUCAAGAUUUGAUUUGGUCUUUAUCCUGUUGGACAAACCUGAUGAGGUCAAGGACAACAUGCUGUCAAGCCAUGUUAUGGCAAUGCAUGCUGGCAAAAAAUGGAAAGUAUCACCAUUCUUUACCAAAUCCCAAGACACAUCUUUUGAGGAUCUCUCAAAUAUGACACUCCAAGAAAGACUUACCAUACAUCCAUAUGAGAAAAUUGAUCUAAUUCCUCCUCAGCUAUUCCGGAAGUAUGUUGGAUAUGCUCGUAAAUAUGUCCACCCAAAGAUUGGAAAAGAAGCUGCUUCUGUUUUACAGAAAUUCUAUCUAGAUUUACGACGUCAGCACCAUAGCCGAGAUUCCACACCAAUAACUACCAGACAGCUAGAAUCUCUGAUUCGGCUCACUGAAGCUCGUGCCAGGGCCGAACUUCGAGAAGAAGCUACUAAAGAAGAUGCAGAAGAUGUAAUAACCAUUAUGAAAUACAGCAUGAAAGAAACUUACUCUGAUGAAUUUGGAAUGUUGGAUUUCCGACGUUCUCAACAUGGAUCAGGAAUGAGCAGCAGGUCGCAGCACAAGAAAUUUAUUACGUUACUUCAACGAAAAGCUGAAAAGACUUACAACUCAAUUUUCACAGUUCAGGAAAUGAAAGAGCUCGCCAAGGAACUCAAUUUCCAGAUGAUAGACUUUGAAGGCUUCCUGACUUCCCUGAACAAUCACGGUUACCUCUUGAAAAAAGGUCCAAAAGUCUAUCAGCUCCAAGUUGUGGAUUACUGAAGCCUUUGAUUACACCCAAUAUCUUGACUAUCUUUAUUUCCACGGGUAUUGCACUCAAAUUCUCUGAAAGGACUUUAACAUACAUCAACCUUUGGAAAUAUGCUGUGCGUGAAAAGACCCGGCAAGCCAAGUGAGACCUAAAUCCAAGGCCUCUGCCAGGGGUGUAGCCAGCCCACUUAUGCGUACUUAUCAACAAUCCUCUUUUAGAGAUCUUUGUUUCCUGCUAUUCCAAGAGAGCUGUAAUGUAUGCAAAACAUCUCUUCCCUACUCACAAACUGCCAGAUUGUUUUAUUGUCACACCUGAACAGAAUUGUAAUAAUAAGGUUAUGACAUUUACAUAAGCAUUCGAACCCUGAUGUCUUCCUGGUUUGUGAUUCAAUACUUAAUGAGUUAAAACAACUUCAAAACUCAAUUUUAUUUACAGCUGAUGAAGUGAACAGAGAUCUUUGUUGAAUACUCAUAUAUUUGUUAAUAAGUAUUACUUGGAUUUCAAUUUCGCACAAAACAGUUUUUUCAUAGUUGAUUUGUAUUGAAAUAAUAAUAUUUCCGGUUUUUUUUUUUUAAAGGUUAAAAUCCUCAUUCCAGUCAUUUUACUCAAUAAUAUAAUGUUAUUUGAAAAUUCCUAUUUUGUUAAAAUGCUGAAGCUGAAAAAUGGGAAAUUUAUAUUUAUGUUUCUUUUUUUUCUUUUUCAUUUUUUAUUGUUAAUAUUUCAAAUUCUAAAUCAUCCAUUUCACAACAUAAAACCAUUUGUCAAGUUUGUUAUGAAUAAAAUAAACCAUGAA